GGAUGUGACAGAGAACGUGGGAAAUCCAUCAUAUAGAGUGAGGAAGAAGAAGAAGGACUGAAAGAAGCAAAAAUGGCCCGACUCUCCCAAAGUACCAGACUGCACCUGGCAGUGACAGUCCUGAUGUGUGUCUUUGUCUCUGCUGAUGGAGUCAGCCUGAACGACCUGCUGGAGAGAGCCUCCCAACUCUCGGACAAACUCCACUCACUCAGCACUUCCCUCACCAACGACCUGGACUCUCACUUCCCACCAAUGGGAAAGAUUAUGAGACCAUCUAUGUGCCACACUUCCUCUCUCCAAAUCCCCAAUGAUAAAGAUCAGACUCUCAGAGUGCCGGAGAACGAGCUGCUGUCUCUGGCUCGUUCUCUAUUGCUGGCUUGGUCGGACCCUCUGGCUCUUCUCUCGUCUGAGGCCACCACCCUGCCCCACCCUGAGCGCAACACCAUCAACAGCAAAACCAGAGAGCUGCAGGACCAUACCAACAGCCUGGGAGCAGGUCUGGAGCGCCUUGUCCACAAGAUGGGCCCAUCCUCUGAGGCUCUCUCCUCUCUCCCUUUCCACAAUAAUGAUCUGGGUCAAGACAGAAUCUCCCGCCUGGUCAACUUCCACUUCCUCUUGUCCUGCUUCCGCAGGGACUCCCACAAGAUUGACAGUUUCCUCAAAGUUCUCCGGUGUCGGGCAGCCAAGAUGAGACCUGAGAUGUGUUAGAGAGUCGCCAUUCUGGCUCAUUACCACCCUCUGUCAGUCAGCAGUGGUACUGAACCACAGUGGGUCACAGUUUGCUUAUAAUUAAAACGAGUGAUGCUGAAUGUGUCUGUCAAAUCCCAGAGCUCUCAGAUGGUCAGUGUUUCUGGCUGAGCUGUGAUGUGUGAUCUUCUAAUCUGUGUUCCACAUCAUCUGACUAAUUUACCUUUCAUACUUGAAUAAAGUAACUGAAGAGCAGAGCAGAUUUUUGCUUUCUUGUUCAAUUUAUUAAAGCCAACCACUGAUGAGGAAAUGUUCAUGUUGGUUUUGAGGUUAUUGUAUAAACUGAGGCGACACAGAGCAGCACUUCAGAUCACUCGUUUAACUUGGGCUAUUGAGUUUGCACUUUAGACAACACCAAUGUAUUUAUCUAAGUACAGAAGUAGGAUUCUUAGCUAGUUUUCCUCCAUGUGUUCUUCAUGAAUGUCACAUUCAAACAGCUGUCACAUCACAAUGUCAAUAAAUGUUCAUCAUGCAUAAUGAAAA